UACACGUUUUCCCCAGGAGCUUCGGUCGUCAUCACAGGCUUGGGGUCGGAGACCAAGCGGUGACCAUGGCCAGGCUGGCGCUGUCUCCCGUGCCCGCUGACUGGCUGGUAGUGUUGCUGCUGCUUCUUCCAGCAGGUGAGAUGGUGCCGGAAGCCCAAAUAAAGGACCUGUACAGGAAUCCUGAAGGAAGCACUUGUUCCCAGAUCUGGCAGCACCCACGUUUCAUGGCCAAGAAACGGGGUUCCACGGUGACAAUAGAGUGCUUCAUGAAGAUUCUGGGCAACGUGAACUGGCUCCGGAAGCAGGCUGCGGACUCGGAGCCCAAGCUGCUGCACCUGGAGCAGGGACACAUAGAGCAGACCCAGAGCGCCACCAACGCCACCCUCAUCAUCCGUAACAUCCAGUAUCAGGACAAUGGCAUCUACUUCUGUCAGCAAGAGUGCCCAGAAGGCUCCCCUGAGAGGGGCUGUGGCACCGAACUUCGAGUCAUGGGGUUCAGCACCUUGGCGCAGCUGAAGCGGCGAAACACACUGAAAGAUAGCAUCAUCCUGAUCCAGACCCUGCUCAUCAUCGUCUUCAUCAUCGUGCCCAUCUUCCUGCUGCUGGACAAGGAUGACCACAAGGCUGGAAUGGAAGAAGAUCAUACCUACGAGGGCCUGAACAUUGACCAGACGGCCACCUACGAGGACAUAGUGACUCUGCGGACAGGGGAGGUGAAGUGGUCAGUGGGUGAGCACCCAGGCCAGGAGUGAGAGACCAGCCGUCCCCAUGCCCCCGGGCACAGCCUGCUGCGCCCUCAGUGACUGCUUCAGAGCCACCUGGCUCCCAGUCCACCCCCUUUUCCAUGGACCCACUGUCGGCCUCCCAAACUGGCCCACCAGAUCCGCCUGCCCCGCCAGCCCCUGGUCCCCAGCUCUUGCCGAAGGGACUGGAGUGGAAGCGCCACAGGGCAGUGAUUUGGAGCAGGGAGUUCUCUGGGAACAGGCUGGACCCAGCCUUCUGGGGGUGCUAUGUGGGGAUCCACCCCACGUUCAGGUCGGGGAAGACAGAGACUUGUCUGGAAGCUACAAAGGGACUCAGAGCAGACCAGCUUCCUGUGAAGCCCGAGAAGGGCCACGGCUGGCCCACCCCCCUUGGCCGCAGAUGGGCCACCGAGAGCUUCAUCCAUCUCCCACUCUCUCCUACCCUCUCCCACCCCGGGGGGCUCCUAGCCUCGAGCCCAUUCUCCCAUGGAAUAAAUAACGUGU